AUGGCCAAGCUUCUCUGCUACCUCUACGCCGCCGCCAUCGCAGAGGCCCUCCUGCCGUCUCCUCCCCCCGCUCUUCCGCCGCGGCGCCGCUGCUCCUCGCCUUCGCCCCGUGGGGCCACGUUCCCCGCCGCGUCCGCCUCCCGCGGCGCUGCCCCCAAUCGCGUCCCCGCCGCUGCCCCGCCCUGCCCUGCUCUGGCGCCGCCGCUGCCGCACGCCGCGCCCAACGACGUGCCAGUGUGCCAGUCGAUGACCACUGGCUCCACUCCUCGCGUCCCCGCCGCUGCCCCGCCCUGCCCUGCUCUGGCGCCGCCGCUGCCGCACGCCGCGCCCAACGACGUGCCAGUGUGCCAGUCGAUGACCACUGGCUCCACUCCUCGCGUCCCCACCCUCUCCUCCAGGUCGCGUGUGCGGUGGUCAGCAAGUUCCCGAUUGGGUUGCUGGCUGUCGAGGCCGCGGGCAAGGCGGCAGCGUCGGCCUCGGUCUUGGCCUCGGUGGCCGUGGACUGGUGGCGAAACGUCAACGAGUCGCCGCUGUGGUAGGGUCACAUCUUCCAACUUCCAAGCGCUUGCCGUGCUCUACGGCAUCGUCUUCGCCGUCAUGCUGAUGCAGUUGAUCAGAAAGUGCAGGGUGCCAGAGUAUGAGUGGACAAUGCAGAAGGUGUUCCACUUCCUCGGUGGUUGCUCAAAUUUGCAUCAAGGUGAAAUUAGCAUGGCAUGA